AUGCUGCUGGGUGGUGUUCAACGGCGAGAUCGUGUGAGGAAGAAAAUGAAAAAAGGCUGCACAGUGUCUGGAGCUCCAGUGCAGUCUGUUGGAGCUCCAGUGCAGUCCUUUGAAUCAGAAGGAAUGGUGGCAGUGCAGUCCUCUGAUUCAGAAGGAAUGGCGGCAGUGCAGUCCUCUGAUUCAGAAGGAAUGGCGGCAUUGAGUCCAGCACCUGCUGUCACAGCAUUUAGAGAUCGUUUGGAGAAGAACAAGGUGGUAGAAGCAAAAUUUGUGGCCACCAGUCGGGAUGCUUCGCUGACAACAGUGGCGUGUGUGGAAAGCUUUCCCACUGAUGCUGAUGGCAAUUUGGUUUGGCCAGCGUGUGCUGUGAGUGGGGAAGCUAUGAAAAGAAAGAUUGCGCAGUUCUUAGACUACGACCAAAUCUACACAGGUGGACAAGCGCAGGAGGUAUGGCCCUCCUUGAUUUCUGCAGCGUAUCCCUGGAUGCAAAAGUUGUCCUUUGUAGAGCUGGGCAAUGCUCAUUGCUCCGUGACUGGACUUUUGAUGCUGCUUGGCUACUUGACUGACGGUGAUGAUGUCAGAAGUGGGUGGACUCUGAAGCUGGACACUGAGACAUCACUGAUGGAGGGCCUUUCUGCGUUUGCCUUCAUCAAUCAAGCAAUGGAUGCGCCGAUGAUUGUUUGUGACAAGGCUGUGGUGGAUGAUGGGGAAGGGCAUUCAAGAACUCAUGUCAAGAGAGAAAAGAUUGCAAAGGCACUGAUUGAGAAGUACAAGUCCAUUGGUGAUGACAUGGCCAGCAAAACUGUUUUUCAAUGCGAUUGUUUGCAAUUGACAGUGGAUGAAGAUGAAAGUUUACCAAGCCCGUCAGUCUUUCAGUUCACAGGAGAUGAAGGGCCCUGUUUGCUUUGGCCAUUGAACUAUUUGCAUGACAGAUUGGUGAAAAAGGGUGAAAGUCGCACAUUCUGGAAAUGGUGUCAAUUUUUCCAGCAGUCUGUGGCCACCACAGCUCUGAAAGACCUGUCGGGUGCAUUUUUCCAUUUUCGUGGAAACAACAUGCCGCCUGGGGCUUUGGAUGAGAGUGUUGCAUCAACUGAGGCGGUCCUUUCUUUCUUUGCUUCUGUGUUGGAUGUUGGCAGGAAAAUUGACAUUGUAAAGGAAGUUGAGUCAUUGCUGCUGACCCGGAUUCGCAGCAGAGUGUGUGAAGAGGCCGCUGAUCAAAAUCUGUUGAACAUUGCGAUUGGCCAAUAUGGUGCAGUAUCGCUCCAAACAGCAACAGGCUUGGUCAGUGGGUUGCAGGGCAUUGUGCGGAACAAACACAAAACGGCGUUUGAGUCUUGGAUGGGCAUGUGGAAUGCAAUGAAGGAAGCUGGCAGUAUAACCAGUGAAUUGGCUGAGGAUGACUUACCCUUGCCAUUUAGUGAUGUGAUGGUCUUUGCUUUUCAAGCAGCUCGAUCAAGGCGAUCCAUGGCCAAGGCACCAUGGUCUUCAAACAGCCCCUCAAUGCUCAUCCUGCUAGAUCUUCAAAGAGGCAUCAUUGAACUCUUGAGCAAUGGUUUGUAUGACUACAUCACUGGACGGUAUCAGGAUGUGCAUGACGUUUCAAAGGCUGCACCGGCUCGAAGACACUCUAAAGAUGGUUCAUUCUCAAUGCCUGUGGAAAACAUUUGGGAUGUCUUAGAUCAUUCUCAGACCACUGGCAAGAAUGUGAGGCAGUCCUUGGAAUUUUGCAAGAGUCGUCUAUCAAAAGCUGGUGGUGUUCAUGAGAAUGCUGCUGACUCUUGGGUCAGGAGACGACAAAUUAUAUACGACCAAAGGUUGGUAUCGUCGUUGGUUGGAGCUUCACAUUUCAACCUAGUGUCGGAUGCCUCGAAGCAUUCGGGAAUGGAGGUGCUUGUCUCAGUCAUUUUCAGCCAUGAAAAUCAUACAGCUGGUUUGCCACCACUACAGGUAAUUCUUCCCUGCGAUGCUUUGCUGGCUCCUGGGGAACUUGACCUAACAUCUUUGGUGGAGCAGCUGGCUAAGGAUAACAAGCUCCAGCGGCUGGCAGCGUACAGACAACUACAGGCGAUCUCCCAUCAGUUGCAAUUGAGUACAGGCGGGAGAUUCAAUUUGACUUCUUUUGGGGUCCCGGAGUAUCUGCGCUUGUCACCAGUGGAGCCAGGGCAGACAAGGUUCUGUCAUCGUGUCACUGAUGCACAGGGCUCUUCAAUGCGGCUUGCAGGCAUUGAAUUUGAAUCUGCUGCAGAGGCUGAUCCAGAUCAAAUGGAGCUCACCGAUCGACAGGAACAGUUUCUGCUGCCGUCAGAAGCGGAGAAUCCUAAUUGGUGGUUGAAUGUGCCCAUCUUGACCCUUCAGCUUGACCAAGGUGGAACAGGGAUGGCAGGUGCAGCUUAUGCCAUUCAUCAUCUUGGCCAUCUCAUUCACGUCAGAUGGGACAUUUUCCACAGGUGUAUCCGUGACCUGAAACUGUCCCUUCAAUAUUCUUGCCGUGGCAUUUUCCUGCAGGCACAGAUGCAUAGCAAUUACAUGUGGGGCCUUUCCUAUCGUCCAUAUGGCACUGGCCAUUUUCACGAGCACAAAAAGCGCUUGAUGGAAAUUUUGCUGUCUCGCGAGUCAUGGGAGACUUGCAAUGAAUUUGAUCAAUAUUGGGAGGACAUCCGUGACGACUUGGGCAUGAGCCCACAUAGUUCAAUGGAAGAGGUUUGGCGGGAGCUUCCCAGCUGCAGGCUUUUCCAGGCCAAGGGCACCUGCCCAAAGCAGGGGCGCUGGUUUGCAUGGAACGAUGCUGUGGUCAGUGAGCCUUGCUGGACCUGGUAUGCUCAUGAGGACACAGUGCGCCGCAUGGCUAGGGAUUUUUCUGCAAUAUUGCAGCUGGAGCAAACAGUGGCAAAUACCAGAACUCAACCUCAGUUGAUUCACGACCUGAAGAUGGUGGUGACGCCUGCAGUUCGCCUCAUGUUUCUGCUUUUUGAGCGUGAUGAUUUCAGGGCAGCUUCCCAAGCGGGCAGGCAUGUACUCAAGGGCAUGCUUCUGGCGUUGCCAGAUAGCAAGCUGGUUGAAGACCUUCAUGGAGUCAUUCGCGUGGAUGGCCUCUCUCAGAAAAACAAACGGCAAACGGUGCACUCCAUCCAGGAGCUGAUUACACAAAGCCAUGUAUUGAAUACACGUUCCAUUGCGCACAAGGCGGUGGUGGACAGGAACACCUUUUUGGCCAAUUUCAAGAGAACACCAGACCGCAAACGGAAGAGGCGGUACCAUGCGAGAUCUCACAAGCUGCCUGCUGAAUUUUCAGGGCUUAUGAAAAGAAAGAAUUGGAGUACCCUGAGUGAGCAAACCCUUCAGAUUGGAGCAGCUGCGUUUGUAUUCCUGAGGCAUUACACAGAUUCAAGAUUGUCAGAGCAGGGCAUUCGGAUUGCUUAUGGAAUGUUCUCCAAGUUUGCCAUGCAGCAUUGCUUGAUGCGGCAGGGUUUUGAUGGUCCACCUGCACUUUGCCUUGGCAAUGCCACGUGGGCAUGCCUCUUCUGGCCUGUUGAGAAGGUGUCCAUCCCGGGAGGCUCUGAUGGGUAUGUCCUGGACUCGGGUGGCUCUGCUUAUUGGGGCCAUGUGGUGAACCCUGAGGAAUGGCAGGUUCUUGACUAUCAUGUGGAAACUGCUGAGGAACGGUUUUUCAUGAUUGUUGACGAGUCUCAGUCGCAAUCACUGCUGAAGUGCUAUUUUUCGCAGGCACAAGUUGUCAAGAAAAUGAGCUUCAAUGAGCUGAAGGUGCUGGCUGAAAAUCUCAGCUGCCCCCCUGCCCUUGGAAAUUCUGAGGUGCUGGGAAAAAUGCCCAAGACUGAUCUCACAGACUGCAUUUUGGAUCAUAUUGGCUUGGGUGAUGAUGAUUGGGUGCUCAGAAUCAAGGAACUGCUGCGGAAACCUCAGCCUGAGUCAAAACCUGCUGAUGGUCCUGAAUUGGGAAGCACUUUGGAUGAGCUGGUCCUAUGGGAUAUGCCGGCUGAAGAUCAAAAAGAGUUUCGGGAUGUUCAAGAGCUCAUUGUGAACCGUCGGAUCAAAUCAAGUGGAUGGACACUGGUUGAACGCAAAGCCCGUGAUCAAGAGAAGCGCUCGGCAAAAAAGAAAAAGAAAGCAGCCAAGUCCAAGACCAAGAAGGCUGACAGAAAGAAGAAAACCCAGCAGAAGAGCAAGGCUAAGGCAAAGCCAAAAAGCAGGAACAAGCGCCGCAAGGUGCUGGACACUGCAGAGCAUGUGGACACUUCAGAACAUGUGGACACUUCAGAGCAUGCAGCUGCUUUGUUUUUGUUGAGCAUAUUUUAUUGUGUGAAUAGCAAAUCAAUCAAGAACAAUCCAAAUUGUUUUUGUAGUUUUUGUUCUCCAAAUGCAGUGGAAAUUUGA